AUGCGCCCUUCUCUGCUCUUCAUUUUGCCCACCGCGGUCGCUUUGCGAACGUGUAAGCUCACGCCAUCUGACCGUGACUGGCCCUCCCUGCAGGAAUGGGCGGCCUUGAACAGUUCUAUUGGAGGUGCCCUACUCCAGACUCACCCGGCGGCGUCUUCUUGCUACCGAGGAAACCCCCUCCAUUCAUCUGUUGCAUGUAAAACCGUUGAAGCCAACUGGACUGAAUCGGCAUUCCAUGCUUCACUGCCCGAGUCCAUCACCUCUCCCCUUUAUGCCAACGAUUCCUGCUUGCCGCCCAGCGCGACGGUGUACAAUGCCACGGCGGGAUGUGCUCUUGGGGGGUACCCGGCCUAUGUGGUGAAUGCUACUAGUGAUGUUCAGAUUGCUGCGGCUGCUCGAUGGGCAUCUCACAAGAACAUUCGCAUUGUCAUCAAAGGCACUGGCCAUGAUUUGAAUGGAAGAUCCAGCGGCGCUCAUGCCUUGUCCAUCUGGACACGUCAUCUCAAACACGUCCAACUCUUGACCAACUGGAGAAUUCCCGGGUCAAACGAGACAGAUGCCGUACUCGUCGCUGGAAGUGGUCUGAAUUACGGCGAAGCUGUUCUCGCCGCCCUAGACGGGGGACGUGUCAUCGUGAGCGGCAACGACGCAACCGUUGGUCUGGGCGGUCAUAUUCAAGGCGGCGGCCACGGCCCCUUAUCUAGCACCCAUGGCCUUGCCGCCGACAACAUCUAUCAAGCUCGAGUUGUCACGACGCAGGGUGACAUUCUCACUGCCGACGCAACUCAAAACCAAGAUCUUUUGUGGGCUAUACGAGGCGGUGGUGCCGGUCAGUAUGGCAUUGUCACCGAGUACGUCUUGAAGACGCAUCCUGCUCCAGCGACAGUCGUGUGCCCCGCCUUGAGCUUGUCGCCAGCCGAUAAUACCUCGGCUGCGUAUGAAGCGAGCUGGAAGGCAUUCGCUGUUCUACUACAGGAUCUUCCGGAUUUGAUGGAUUCGGGUUUGGCUGGUUCAAUGAUAAUACAGGGCGACCCCAAGCUCGGCGUCAGUGUUUCGCAGGGUUUCUAUGCAUACAAUAUGACUGCAUCGGCCGCAAUCGCCUUGAUCAAGCCAACCGUGAAACGCAUGCAAGCAGUGGCUGGAUCCAGCACCCACGCUCCCUCUGUCGCCAUUUCCACGACGGCUUCAUAUUCCAGCUACCGUGCUUUCUUUGAAGGCUUGAUGGCAGGGGGCUCUAGCACGGCGGGUGCAAUGAGCAUGAUCUCAAGUCACCUGCUAGGCCGAGCAGAGCUAUCUGACCUUGAUUCAGACAGGCUGGUCGCAUACGCCAAGCGAUUUCUCAACGGAACAGGUGAAGCGAAAUCCAAAUUGGCCGUCAUUGGGUUACAAGGCGGUCCAGGUCCCGCCAACGUCGACCCAAACAUGCGCGGUGCUCUCCUCCCAGCAUGGCGGUCGACUUAUAUCCAUGCGAUGAGCUACAGCGCCACCUUUGACACGACGCUCACGCCAAAGAAGAUGCUAAGUAAGACGGCGGCCCAGUUGAGCAAUACGACGGAGAAGCUUUGGAGAGAGUGGGCUCCCAACACAGGCGCAUAUAUGAACGAGGGUAACCCGUUCACUCCAUACUUUAAGAAGGACUUUUAUGGUGCAUCUUACGAUCGGCUACUAGAGAUUAAGAAAAAGUAUGAUCCUACUGAGAGUCUAUUUGUCUUGUCUGGAGUGGGAAGCGAUCAUUGGGACUAUGAUUUGAUGACUGGGAGUCUUUGCAGGGUUGACUAG